AUGAAGGAAGGGCAAUUGAAGCGUCAAGUUGAGAGCUGUACAAAUCAGCUUCAAGGAAAUGUUGAUCUCCAGUCCGCGCAGGCCAUAACGACUUUUCAAAUGAAAUCAGAGGACAAUUUUCGACGUUUGGACGAUUUAAAGGACAAAUUCCAGACUAAUUACCAAGCUAUCGAGGACUAUAAGCUGGUGAAGACCCAGUUCCGCACCAAGAUUGAAGACUUCGAAAAGUCUUUAGAAUACCACGAGAAGCUUGCGGACGAGAUAGAGGAGUUUUUGGCAGAAAGUAACGUCAAGAAGAAGGUAGCUAUAAAGAGGCAAUCUAGGCAGACUACGUGA